AUGGGCGAAGACGCAACUACACCCCCGGAAACCACCUCCCUCUCAUCGUCUCGGCCCAUCUACACGCGUGAACAACUGUCCACAUACGUUUCAACAUGCAUUGCGCCUUCAAAGGAUUACACUCUUGCGACACUCGAGUCCGAGAUCAAGACAGACCCCCUGGCAGCGCUGUCAACCCUGCAGCUCCGUCAGAUGGCCUUUAAUCCAUGGGGAAACGUUGCACUGCAUUAUUCGUGGCACCGCGUCCUGUCGCUCGACCAUGAGGCAUUAUAUCACAAGCUCGUCGAGCGAAGGUUGGGUGGCUAUUGUAUGGAAAACAACGCUUUUUUCAGCACCAUCCUCCGAUCCCUAGGCUAUCAGCUGUAUGUGACGGGGGCAAGGGUCAGUCUCGCUUUAAGCGGGGACUCAGUCGAUCCUGACGGGUUCGCUGGAUGGCAGCAUGAAGUCAUUAUCGUGACCAUCAACAAGCAGAAAUACCUGGUCGACGUCGGUUUUGGUAGCGGUUCCCCCAUCUACCCCAUUCCUCUAGAUCUCGACAACCCGCGACCUCACGCCUCCGUACCCGGGGCCGAAGUCCGCCUCGUACACAGGCCCAUUGCCUCCAACACAGAUCAAACCCAGAAACUUUGGGUUCUCGAGACCCGUAACAAGACCCACCAAACUUGGCAGGGCGGCUACUGCUUCGCUGACCUGGAAUGGCUUCCUAUGGACUUCGAGAUCAUCAACUACCGCACGAGCCAAGACCCAGCGAGUUGGUUCACGCACCGUCUCGUCCUGGUACGCAUUCUCGUGGAUGACGAGACGAAGACAGAGGCCACGGGGACCGUCGUCCUGUCUGGGACUGUCUUUGAGCGGAGGCUGGGUGAAGGACCCAAGGAAGUCGUCCUGGAUGCGAAGUCCGAGAAAGAGCGGAUUGCAGGUCUAAAGACCUGGUUCGGGAUCGAGCUCAACCCAGACGAGCAGAGAGGUAUUGCGGGUACCGCCGCCGAGGUCAGGCAGCCGGUCAGUGUAUAG